AAUAACCUCUGGAAUUCAGAAAUACAAGUAGGUCCUGUCUCUGGCAGGCUGUGGCACACUCUUGAGGGCGGGUUUCUCCCUGUACUCGACGGUAUCUCUUCCUGUCUCCGGCAUUCCCCAAGUCACUGCGGGGUUCGCUUGUGUUCUUCUGCGCCUGGGACAAUGGCUGAGCCCGUGUCUCCAGAUUACUUCAGAUGCCCGCUGUGCGUGAGCCUUCUGAGGGACCCCGUGGCCAUCCCCUGUGGCCACAGCUUUUGUAUGGAUUGCAUCAGUGGCUACUGGAAUGACGCUGACUACACAGGGAUCUACAUUUGUCCCCAGUGCAAGAUAACGUUCACCCAGAGGCCUGUGCUGAGGCCCAACACCACGCUGACCAUGGUGGCCGAGAAGAUCAAGAAGAGCAGUCUGAACCUUCACCAGAACUCGUCGGCGGGGAACAGCUACGCCGGGCCGGCUGACGUCCCGUGUGACUUCUGCUCCGGGAAGAAACUCAAAGCCAUAAAGUCCUGCCUCAACUGUCUGGCAUCCUACUGCGAGAAGCACCUGAAGCCACACUACGAAUCGGCGACCUUCAAGAGGCACAAGCUGGUGGACGAGCUGGGGAACCUGGACAGGAAGAUCUGCCCCCAGCACCAGAAGUCCCUGGAGCUCUUUUGUCGCACGGAUCAGAUGUGUAUCUGUGCCAUCUGCACAGUCAGCGAGCACCGGGGCCACGACAUUGUCUCCGCCGAAGCAGAGAGAGGCGAAAAACAGAAACUUUUAGGAAUAUCCCAAGCUGAAAUCAGGCAAAAGUGCCAGGAGAGGGUGAAGGAGCUGGAGGAGCUGAAGACUGCGGUGGACUCCCUCAAAAGCUCGGCCCACAGAGCCAUGGUGGAGAGCCAGAAGAUGUUCGAGGAAAUGAUUCGCUCCAUUGAGAGGAUGAGGUCGGAGGUCACCAAACUGAUCGACAUCAACGAGAAGGCUGCGUUCAACCAGGCGGAGGCGCUGAUCGAACGACUUGAGCAGGAGAUUGACGAGCUGAAGAAAAAGGAGACCGGCCUCAAGCAGCUGUACAGCACGGAGGACCACAUCCAUUUCUUGCAGAACUUCAACUAUCUCUGCACGCCCACCGAUGACGGCAUCAUGCCUCGGGUCACGGUGAACCCUGACUUCUCAUUCGGGGCAGCCAGGAAGGCCGUGGCUGAGAUCAAGGAACGCCUGGAGGAGUUUGGCAGAGAGGAGCUGCUGAAGAUCUCCAAGUCAGUGAAUGAAAUCCCAGUUUACACGACGGAAAACCGGACGCUGGACAGGAAGAGCAGAGUGAAAGACACCACAGUGGACAGUGCUCCUCCUCCGGAGCCCAGAAGCAGAGCAGAUUUCAUCAAGUACUUCUGCCAGCUGAGAUUUGACCCCAACACGGCCUACAAGGAGCUUCAUCUGUCCGACGGCAACAGGAAGGUCAUCCGGACCAGGGACCUGCAAUCCUACGCAGACAACUCGGAGAGGUUUGACAGCUUCGCGCAGGUCUUGUGCCGGGAGGCUCUGUCGGGAGGUCGCUACUACUGGGAGAUUGAGUGGAGCGGGGAGUUCUCCAUCGGCGUGGCCUUCAAAAGCAUCAGCCGCAAGGGCAAAGGCUCCCUGUGUCUGCUGGGCUACAACGAUAAGUCCUGGAGUCUGCUCUGCUCCGACUCGGGCUACUCCGCCUGGCACAACCGAAUGGACAAGGCCGUCAGUGGUCCCCACUCCCCCAAGAUAGGGGUCUACCUGGACCACAGCGCAGGCAUCCUCGCAUUUUACAGUAUAGGCAACACCAUGACCCUUCUGCAUAGGUUUGAGACCACGUUCGUGGAGCCCCUCUAUCCUGGCUUCGGGGUGGGGACCUCAGUCAAGAUCUGCCAACUCAAGUGAACCCACCCCCAAUUCAAAUACUGAAAACUCAAGACUAUUUGAGUAUUUUGUGUGUUUUUCAUAGUAUACAAUAAUGCCUUUGGAAUAUAUUUUCCGCAAUAUGUAAACUGCACCGCGGCACAGCAGAGAAGUGCUGUGAGUGGGCAAAUUUUUGAAGGCAAGAUUCGUGAAUAUUUAAAGGAUUUUAUGCAUCAUUGUAGACAUCGUUUGAUUAGUUGCCGAGGAAAGUUACAAGAUGGUCCCAGUUAUAACUGCACGGAUACAUAAUCAACCACAGUGCCAAGCGAUUAAAAAAAAUGUUACUUAUUUUUUCACUUAAAGUAAGCUGUCUGUAAUAUCUUGUACGUUUAUCGAUAGGACUGCCAGCCAGCAAGUAAUUAUUCUACAACGAGAGACACUAACUUGUUUUACAGGAAGAAUUACUCACGUGUAGCGCUCAAUAAAGAGUUGAAAGGUAU